CUCUUCAGAGGAUUACUGCACAGGCAACAUGUCAGGGGAAGCCGAGACGAAGCAAAAGGCAGAUAAGCCAGAUUUUCUCAUCAGUCAAAGUACAUUUGCCUCACUAACUCUCCUCAAAGGGAGUGGUCCAAGUGACGCUGAUAUCGGACUUGCAAACUGCAGUGGAAGGACAGAACAGCAAUGGCUCCGAGACGGUAACUACUUAAUCUAUGGUGGCAACCCUUCCUACUGCCUAGUCCCAAACUACUCAAACAACACCGUCACCCUGGGGGAUUCUGCUUCUCCGGUGGGAUGGACCCAUGAUGAAGCGUCAAGGUUUGUCCCAGAGGGAGGAAACAAAGCUAUGGACGUACCCUGGGAUGAACCGAGGACUCGAGUGGUAUUGUACCCUAUGCAUGAUGGAACUAACCAGAAAUGGUGGACUUUGUCUGAGUUGGAAGCUGAUCUUGAUGGAGCUCCUGAGGCUCAGUACCCUUUUCCAGCCAAAGAUGAGACCACCUAUAGGCAAGAAGUUGCCCGAACUCUAAGUAACUGGUUAGCUCCAUCAACUGACCCACUUCCACAUGCAAGGGAUGUAGCAACAUUCCCUGGAUUAGUGUCAACUGAUGCACCUAGACUCACUCGAAACUUGGUGUUGGACCUUUCGGUGUUGGGGCAGUCCAGAGAUUUUCGCAUGACGGUUCCACAGGACUGGCAGGCAACAAACCUUUAUGUGCCUCCUGAUGAAAUGGUUGAGGUUGUCUUGCCAGACUCACUGUCAUCAGAGAGAGCUGGCCAAAUACAAGUUCGAGUCAGCGCUCAUGUGGAUAUGCUACAACCAACUUCUCCCAAUGUAUCAGGACGGGGUGAAUUUGUUCGGAUGCCAGUUGUUUCAGAUACUUUCGAUCUUACACCUGGAGUGAACAAGAUUCGUAGUCAAUGUGGAGGGCACUUGAUAUUCAUUUUCUCACCAGGAGAAAACUUCUUGGUUGAUGUGGAAGUCAAAAAUAUUGUGGAAGCUCCUUACUUUAGACUAGGGGAGACUACACCAGGACAAUGGGCAGAAGAGUUGAAGAAAGGUACCCCAUAUGCACUCUUGGAAACCGAUUUGGUGGUGACUUUAAUAUCCACAUCUGAUGCCCAGGGUAUUUCUGACCCGGACAAGCUAAUGGGCAGAUAUGACGAGAUUAUAUCGAUGCUCAGUUAUGCAGCUGGAUUUGAUGAAACAGAACAUCCACCUAGAGGGAAAUUCUGGCUAGUGAACGACAAGCAAAUUACUGCUGGAAGUGCACAUGCUGGAUUUCCAGCCAUGUUUGACCGCACUUACUAUAACAUGGGAAGUGAAACGACUCCUUACGACUGGGUCUCGUGGCACGAACUAGGGCACAAUUACCAGCAAAUUGCUUACUGGGCAGGUGCGUAUGGCACUGAAUCGACAGUCAAUCUUUAUUCCCUGUACAUCCAGUGGCAACUCUUCGGUGAGGACCGCCUCGAGAAGCAAGGAGAUUACGACAGGGCAGCGAAUCACGUCGAUGCAGGAAUGACAUUUGCGGAGGGGGACGUGUGGGAGCAGUUGGUGUUCCUCAUGGAAAUCAAGUGGGCCUUCCCUGACCAGGACUGGGAAAUGUUUCGUCAGCUGAGGAAGAACACGAGGGCCCUGUCCGCAGAGGACGCGCAGGCUUUAGCCUCGGACGUACAAAAGCAGUACGAUCAUGUGUACAAGAAUUUGAGUAAGAUUGUAGGGUCUGACCUCAUCAACACCUACGAUCGGUGGGGUCUGAUGAUUUCUCAAGAAGCUCAAGAUGAAAUUGCCGCAUUGGGACUUCCUAAAGCGCCUGGUGAUCUCUCUCACAGAACAAAGGAAGACGUCUUUAUAUGCGGGGAGCCUGCACUAGAAAAACUCCGUGCUGGACAGCGAUAAAAUGCAAGAGAAAUAAUUUCUUUCACAGUAUUAAUGACUAAAAUACUUACAUAAAUAUGAAUUUAAAGUAUUGUAGGCGUCCGCAUGUUUUUAUUUCAGUUCAUUCUAUGUUAAGGUAACGAGAAACAAUUAGCAUUUCUUGUUGUACUAAUAUCUAUAAAAAUACACACACCCACAUUAUAUAUCUAUAUAUAUAUAUAUAUAUAUAUAUAGAUAUAUAUAUAUAUAUAUAUAUAUAUAU